AUGGCAAAUCUAUUCUUUGGAACAGGGCUGCAACAGAAUCAUAUAAAAAUGCUCUUUAUGAUGGUUUACUUCAUGAAAUGUACAGUGUAUCCAUGCUUGGUGUUGCCGUGGGCUUCCAAUGUUCUAACACUAAAAGCACUGGGGUGUAAACGCACUGGAGUAUACGGAGGUUACCUUCUCGGUUGUUAUAAUCCUGAUUCAGAAGAGUACCAAAGUAUUUGCAAGAUUGGAACUGGCUUCAGCGAUGAAGACUUGAAAACACAAUAUGAGCUUCUGCUUCCCUACACAGUAGAGAUGGCUCGUCCUUACUACGCCUAUGAUGAGUCAUUGAAGCCCGACGUGUGGUUUGCUCCUCAUGUUGUAUUUGAGGUUAAAUGCGCAGAUCUUUCGAUAUCUCCUCGUCAUUUGGCUGCUAGGGGCCUUGUGGAGAGCGACAAAGGCAUCUCCCUUCGUUUUCCACGUUUCCUCAGGAUCAGAGACGACAAAAAAGGCGAAGAUGCUACGACAUCGUCACAGGUUGCAGCGAUGUACAAAAACCAGGAUCAAAUUCGAAAUCAGGCAAGCCAAAUAGGUGAAGAAGAUGACGUUGAAUACUGA